AUGAGCUUACCUUGUCCAUCGUUUAAAGUCGUCAUUUUAGGGGACUCUUCAGUGGGAAAGACCUCCCUUGUUCACAGGUUCACAACUAGUGAGUUCGAUAAUCAAUUAUCCAGUACCAUUGGUGCUGCUUUUAUCACCAAAGAAUUGGAAUCCUCCGAUAAGUCUAAACGGAUAAAUCUAGAGAUAUGGGAUACCGCAGGACAAGAACGAUAUAAAUCACUUACCCCCAUGUAUUACCGAAACUCCAAGGUAGCUUUAGUGUGCUACGACCUUCACAAUCCAUCCACGUUUGAUAAAGCCCUUUAUUGGAUAGAUCAAUUGAAACUAAACAAUGAGACCAAUAGUGAGAUCAAAAUUUAUUUGAUAGGAACCAAGAGUGAUCUUGUAACCAGUGCUACGGGUCCACCAGUGACUCCUACGGUACCAGGGGUGGCAGACUUCUUGGAAAUGAACAGCGGAAUCAAACAUUUCCAUACCAGUGCCAAAAGUGGUGAAGGAAUCCACGACAUUUUUCAGGACAUAAUCAAUGAUAUCCCUCCAGAUUUCUUUGAAAGGCAUUAUGAGAGUUUAAAGGAUAAGGUGGUGCUAAACAGACAAUUCCAGGGGAAGUCAUGUUGUUAG